AUGGCGGCCGUGGCUGCAGAGCCAGGAGCUGCGGCGAUUUCGACAGGUUCGACGGCGGCAAUGGACGACGAAGGCCCGCCAGAACCGGGCCCGGGCCCCCCAGGAGCUGAGGGGCCUCGGGGGUCCGGCCCGGGGCCUCGGGGCUCCGGCCCGGCGGCGGAGCGGCGCGCGGUCCGGGUGGAGGAUGGAGGGGACGGGGAGGAGCGCCGCCAUGUCGGGCCGGAGCUCGAGCCCGCGGCGGGAAGGGCUCUGUGUGAGGACGAGCUGGUCCUCGACCUCCCGGGAGACCGGAUCAGCCUGGACCGGAUCAGCCUGGACCGGGUCGGCCUGGACCGGGUCGGCCUGGACCGGGUCGCUCCCGGACUACCGGGGGAUCCCGGGUCCGGGCACCGCAGCAUCCUCCCGGACCCGCAGCCCUCCGCCGUCUCCCUGCACUCCGUCCCGGCUCCGCCACCCGGCACCGAGGCCGGACUCUCUCUGGCCGAACCCGCGGUACCGACCACCAACGUGACGACGGACCGGACCGAGGCGGCGGGACGGGACCGGGGGUUCACGGUCCCGGUCCAACCGGAGCUGAGGCCUGGGCCCGCGGAGGACGCCCUGUCGGAGGGUACCGCGGACCGGCUGUCGGGCCCGGGCGGACCGGUCGAGCUGGACCGGGACACCGGGUUCAUUAGAACCCCCGCGGGGAGCGAGGAGCCGCCGGGACGCGACCUGCGGGACUCGCCCCCCCCCUGUCGGUCCCCCAAGAGACGCCUGCUGCCGGACAAGCAGGAGGAACCCGGUCCACUCGCCUCCUUCCAGGACCUGAGUCCGGGCUCCGAGGUCCGGGUCUGCCUGGACCACGUCAUCGAUGACGCGCUGGUGGUGUCCUUCCGGCGGGGGGAGCAGGUCUUUUCCGGGGUGUUGAUGGACGUGUCCAGAAGGUUCGGACCGUACGGGAUCCCCAUCACCGUGUUUCCCAAACGAGACGACAAGAGUCCGCUCCAAACGUUUCUUCAGUCAGGACCUGCUGCCAACGACCAGACGUCCACCAAACAGGAGCAAGCCACCGUCAGCCCCCCGGCCCCCCCACCCCAUCACCCAUGGACUGCCAAACCACCACCGCUGUUCCAGGAGGGGGCGCCCUACCCCCCCCCUCUGUUCAUCAGGGACACCUAUAACCAGGCCUUACCUCAGCCACUGCCACGAAAGAUCAAACGGCCAAAGCGGCGCUAUCGCUGCGAGGAGCCAACCUCCAUCAUGAACGCCAUCAAGCUCCGCCCCCGCCAAGUGCUCUGUGACAAGUGCAAAGGCGUGGUGGCGUCAGGUGGGAACAGGGAAGCACGGCGGGUCGACCUGAGGGGCGAGGAGGCGUCUCGGCGGCGGAGGGCAGCUGAGGGACCGAUCUCCUCGGAGGUCAAGAGGCUGAGGAGCGACGACAAAGGUGGACGGAUGGCCACAGAGAGACGGGCGUCGUCAGGGACCUGUAUGUCAUCGUCCCCUCGUCGUGUGCUGAGGGGCGUGGCAUCAUCUUCGUCCUCGUCAUCCUCACCCGGCCCCCUCCGCUUGAAGCUGAACUCUAAGAAGGCGCUGGCCAAAGAUUCUGCCAGCGAUCGCUCCAAAGCGCGGCAGGUUCUCCAGAAGCUGGCGAGGAGCGCCCAGCCUCCAGCUCACCGCGAGCCCAGAGCCCAGAGUCCGAUCCAGGACCGCACCAAGGCCGUGACCCGAGCCGCCGCCCUGCAGAACCACAACCAGAAGGUCCACUUCACCCGCCGCCUGCAGCACCUCAGCGGCGCCGCGGGCAGCUCCAGCUCCCGCACGCCGCUGCCGCCCAGAAUGCGUCUCAAACCUCAAAGGUAUCGUACUGAUGAUAACCAGGCUCCCCCCCCAACCCCGCCCAAACAGGGCACUCGCUCAUCGCCUCUCAAACCCGCUUUAAACCCCGCCCCCACAUCGGACCUGGUCCCGCCGUCCGCUCUGCCAUUUCUUUCUCAAGCGUCCCCCCCCUCCACCUGUGCAGUCAGCGUUGUCAUGGAGACGCAUGAAGUCUGUAUAGAUCAGGGAGGAGGAAGGGGGGGAGGUGAGGGUCCUCCCCCAGCCCCCCCCUCCUCCUCCUCUGUGUCGUCCUUGGACUCGUCCCACUCAGAGGGCGGCUCCUCAGAGACCUUUGAGCCCCCGCCCACUGGAGACCCCCCCUCCCUCCCCUCCCUCCCCUCUCCUGACUCGUUAGCUCCUCUCUCCCCCCCUUCUUCCUCACCCACCAUCCCUCCCCUUAGAUCCGAUAGCGAGGAGCCACAGGUUGGCGGCGGCGAGGAGGACGAGGAGGGAGGUGAAGUUAAGAGGCGUCGUAAGUCGUCCACGUCCUCGUCCUCGUCCUCCUCUUCGUCGUCUCCCAGCGUGUUCUCCAAGUCCGUGUCCCGGUGUCCUCUUCCCGACGGGCGCACCGUGUGCGUGGGGGACAUCGUCUGGGCCAAGAUCUACGGUUUCCCCUGGUGGCCGGCUCGAGUGCUCGGCAUCACGGUGGUGCGGCGUGGUGACACGGGCCUGGCGGUGCGGCAGGAGGCUCGGGUCUCCUGGUUCGGCUCCCCCACCACCUCCUUCCUGCCACUGGCCCAGUUGUCCCCCUUCCUGGAGACCUUCCAGUCUCGCUUCGAUAGGAAGAGGAAGGGGCCGUACCGCCGUGCCAUCGCAGAGGCCGCUAGUGCGGCCAAGCAGCUAACGCCUGAAGUCCGAGCCCUGCUUACGCAGUUCGAGACGUAGCAUCCGAUAAAACAACCCCCACCCCCCCACGCUUCUAACCCCUGUCAUUGCCCCGCCCUCUUCAGGUGGUGGGAGAAGAAUGGAUUGAAUCUUGACGAACUGACGUGUUUGUUUGAGCGUAAGGGGCGGAGCCUGAGGCUAACUAGUUAGCAGAGGUGGUGGAGCCUGAGGGUAACCAGUCAGUGUUAGGUGGUCAGGGGGUGUGACUUAUCAUCAGGUGUUAGCAUUUCCACUCGCCAUCUCGUCAGCGUCAUCUUUUUCCAGUUCAUGAAAGAGACAGUUUGCCAAAUGACUCAUUGGUGAUGUCACAGUGAUAGUUAUGAUGUCACAUUCGUCAUGAAUCACUAAAGAGAAUCACAAAAUACUCAUUAACAACAAAAUAAGGUUUAUUUAGUUACUAAGCCAAACAUGGUUGUAUCUCGACCCUGGUCGAUUGAUUGAAAUAUUGAUUUGAUCAUGUGACACCUGGACUUCAUCAGUUCAGUGAUGGCGACUCGAAACGCUGACAUACUUAUGUCACUUCCUGUUCCUCCUGGUUUCUGAACAUUCUGUCCCGACUGAAAACUUUUUUGAAGAAGAAUUUGAAACAGUGUUGUUCAAUGACAUCAUCUGUUCUCUGAUUGGUUCAUAUUCUCAUCUCCCACAAUCCAACAGGAGCUGUACUAGGUCCCUGUAGUCCUGUCUUGCACCUAGGGAUGUCGGGAUUAACCUAUUUUAUGAUAACAGCCGUUUCAAAGCUGUAAACUACGAUGUCCAACUACGAUGUCCUGCCUCUCGGGAGUUGGCUGAUUAAUGUGUGCGCCGUGCGGUGAAAUCUUUAGCGAGCCACUGAAACGUUAACUGAGAAGAGGGAACUGACGUAACAGCCUUAUUUCCGCCAACGUUGGGCAACAAACAACAUCCCUACACCCCCCUCUCUCUCUCCCUCCUCCCUCUUACCCUCUUUAUACAUGUAGCCCAGAGAGUAAUUCACCUAUACUGAGGUCAUGUAUAAGAAUGUGCUUGAACCAGGACAAUAUGCCCCGUUAAGUUUUACACAACUAGUCAACACUUUGCUCCCAAAAGUAGUACAACCUCGGACGGUGACACUUUACAACAAAAGUCCCAAACAGAUACACUGCUUAUGUUGACAGGAAACACAAAUUCACUGACCAGCCUUCCACAGUAAGGCAACUAAAUAAAAUAGCUUACAUAAAUUACUUUUAAAUAGCCAAACGUUACGCGCUAAAAACUGUUGAUAGUAAAUAUUUUAGUUCAUUAGCUAUAUAUUGCUUGUUGUGUGUCUUUUUCCUUCUAUAGUAUCGAUAAUCGUGAAAACUGUGAAACCGUGAUAUUUCCUCUGACAAUAAUUGUGGCACCAGAACUUCCCAUCGUGACAUCCCUAGCUGCACCAGGUCCCUGUAGUCAGGAUCAACACGACUUUUUGGCGAAUCUUGGAUCAGUUCCGGGUCGUUUGUUCAGAAUUUGAUCAAACUCAUGGAUCAUCAGUUUCCUCCUCAGGAAGUUUCACAAGAAAAGAUUCAGCUGCUGAUGUUAUUUAAAGACUCUUAUUUUGAAGUUGACAGAUGAGCAGACAGACGAACAGGAAGUACCUGACUGUUAGAAUGAUGAAGGUGAAGGUGAUUUUCCCUCAGACUCGUUUUACCGUCUGUUUGCAGAUCAGAGAUUCUGAAACAAUGACACCGAUCAAUUCAUCAAUCGAUCAAAAGAAACUGUACAUGUUUAUUUCUGUUGUUUUAAAUCUAUUAAUAAACUGUCAAACUUCUCUUUUCAUCGUCUUCGUCAUUUAAACUCUUCUUCUUCUCUGGUGCUUUGACUGUAGGAGUAACAGCGGUGCCUUGCUCAGCAGCAUGCUGGCAGCAGAUUUUCUCACCUGCAAACAGUUUGGUAAAAAUUUGUCCGAAAGGGUUUACCACAAACAUCAGCAACAAAAUAAUAAUAUCUGACGAUCAAUAUCAGCGAAGCGUGUUCAGAAACUUUUAACAAUUCAAAUAAAAACAUUUAUUUUUUUAAAUGUCCACUUGUGGCUGAUUGGAGGGAAAGUGGAUAAUUACUGGAUGAUAUAAAGUAGUGAGGGAUAACUAAUUAAUAUGAUUUGACACAUGUCAUUGCGUCCAUGUGUCAGGUGAGUAUGUUCCCAUGGAAACUACAGAUUUCAUAAUAAAAAGCUCAAAGUGAAAUUUUGCUCAGUUUUGUAUAUUUUUCUGCGUUUGACUCAAGUAAAUCUGCCCCUGGAGGUGACUCGCUGAACUGCAGGAUGUAUUUGUUUGAACUUGACAACAUAUUUGACUGAGUGAGGAGCCGGUAAAAAAUUUGUUAAAACCACGUUAAGAAUCAUGUGAGCACGUGUUAUUUAAAAACGUUCUGACCUCAUACAGCCCCUAGUGGACAAACAUUUAAUUUCACGACAUUAAGGUAUGUUGGUGUAAAGUUUUAUAUCGUGAUUCUCGGUGAAGAGUUAAAAAAGCAAAACUGAUUAACCUUGAUCAGUUAUUGAUUAUAAACCAUUUAUUUAUAUAUAAUCACAUAAUUAAGUUAUACGGGGUUCAGGUGAACGUAGCAGUGUCAUGAUUGAUCAUGUGAUCACCUGCUGAUGACAUCAUCAGUAACACCUGUCUCUCUCUCUCUCUCUCUCUGCAGUACGACUUUGAAGAGCUGCUGACAGAUAAUCCUGUGCUGUGAUUGGAUGAGAGGAUGUAGGUGGAGUCCAAACAACCGAUGAGCAAUCACAUGGACAUUAAUAAUUAAUGAUUAAGAGUUUAUAUCUAUCAAGAGUUUGAAUUUAUCACUGAGCGUAUCCAUGACAACAGGUUUAUAUUGUGUCAAUUUUAUUUUGCUUUGUACAAUCAGAUCAUUAACGAUGAGUGAUCAAUUAGUUGAAUGAUAAACUGUUUACACUCGGGCCACAGUGGGAGCGUGUGUGUCUGUUGUGUGUUUGUUGUGUUUUCUGUGUGUCUGUUGUGCUUCAGCCGAUCUUUAAUUUCUGUGGUGUGGAUUCCGAUUGGUUGACAGUGUGAACCCUAACCCCGCCCUCACGGGACUUUAAAUAGAAAUGUCAGGGUUCUGUUUUAUUAAAUAAAAUUUCCUCUUGUGGAACAGUU